GAUCGAGACAGCAUCUCAUCUCGCUGGGGGCUCGCGAACUGCACCGCGAUAGUAAAAAAAAGAAACCAAAACAAAACCUAAGUGACACACAGUGACAGUGAGUAAGCGCAUAGUGUGUGGGUGUGUUGUGUUUGUUGUGUUUGCGCUUCGGUGACAGUUUGACAGUUUAGCUCCAGCUGAUCGGAUGGAGAACCUUGGAUAUGCGGGCGGACAGGUGGAGCCGGGGGAGAAAGGCACACAGGCAGCUGAUAGUCGAUCGGUCGCAUCGCCGAUGAAUUCCAGCAUCACGCUGCAGACGAUCAGUGACGACACGAAAACCACGACCUCGACGCGUGAUAAAUGGGGCCGGGACAUUGAGUUUAUGCUGUCCUGCAUCGCGUACUCGGUCGGGUUCGGCAACAUCUGGAAGUUCCCGUACACGGCGCUGAAGCACGGCGGCGGUGCGUUCCUGCUGCCGUACCUGAUCGUGCUGUUCAUAGUGGGCCGACCGAUCUACUACCUGGAGAUGAUACUGGGCCAGUUCUCGAGCAGGGGGUGUGUGAAGCUGUACGAUCUGGCACCGGCUAUGCGAGGCAUUGGUGUGGCGCAAACGAUCGCAAUGUUCGUGGUGAUGACGUACUACGCGCCGGUGCUGGCCAUCACGUUCCGGUACUUUGUGGCAUCGUUCAGCAGCACCCUACCGUGGAGCGAGUGCAACCCUAGCUGGGCAAACUGUGUCAAUUCCUCGUUCGUGGGACGGCUGGAGCCCACCAACGGCACAGCCGUUGGACUGCAAUCAUCCGCCGAGCUGUACUUCCUCAAGGAAGUGAUCCACAAAGCACCCUCCCUUGAAGAUGGGCUCGGCAUGCCCGACUGGAAGCUGGCACUGUGCCUACUGUUCGCGUGGAUAGUCGUCGCCACCAUCCUGAUCCGGGGUGCGAAAAGUACCGGCAAAGCGUCCUACUUUCUGGCCAUCUUUCCGUACGUGAUCAUCAUCAUACUGCUACUGCAAACGCUCAUGCUCGACGGGGCGAUGCAAGGCAUCCUGUACUUCAUCACACCGCAGUGGGACAAGCUGCUCAGCAUCGAGGUUUGGUACGAAGCCGUUACGCAGUGCUUCUUUUCGCUCUCGGUCUGUUACGGUGGCAUCAUCGCGUACUCGUCCUUCAACAACUUCAGCAACAAUGUGCACCGUGACGCCGUCAUUAUUUCCUGGCUCGACACCUUCACCUCGAUCGUGGCCGGCUGCAUCGUGUUCGGGGUGAUCGGCAAUUUGGCGUACGUUAGUGGGCAGCCCGACAUCCAGAAGCUGGCGCGGGACGGUGCCGGCCUUACCUUCAUGACGUACCCGGACGCGAUCGCCAAGUUCCAGUUUUUGCCGCAGCUGUUUGCCGCCCUGUUCUUCCUGAUGCUGUUCAUCGUGGGCGUCGGCAGCAAUCUGGGCGUAACGACCAGCAUCAUUACGGCGAUCCGGGACCAGCGGCCCCAGCUGCGCCACUGGCAGGUGGUCCUGGGGACCGUCACCGUGGGGUACUUCUUCGGGCUGCUCUACCUAACGCCCGGUGGGUUCGAUUUCCUGGACGUGAUCGAUUACUACGGUGCCAAGUACGUGACGCUCACGUUUGCCGUGCUGGAGCUCGCUACCGUUGCGUGGAUAUACGGCGUGGAUCGGAUCUGUCGCGACAUCCGAUUUAUGUUGGGCAUCGAGACAUCGUUCUACUGGCGCGUCUGCUGGGGACUGAUUGCACCGGCCGCCACGCUGCUCAUUCUUAUCUUCAGCUUUGCCGACUUUGAGCUGCAAAAAGUCCCGAUGGGCUACAAUGUUUUAGGGCUGUUUAUCUACGCAAUUGCGGUGCUACAACUGCCUGGUUGGUACUGCUACGCGGUUUGGAGGCGGCGCAGCAAGCAGACGGAAUCAUUGCGCAAGGCGGCACACAAUGCGCUCAAGCCGAUGGAUAUUUGGGGACCGGAAAGUGAUACCGUGCGGUUGCAGUACCAGACCGAGGAGGAGCAAUACCAAAACAGCCAACCGCUCGAGCGCAGCACUAUGCAGCGAAUCAAGAAGCGAAUGUUUAACAUGGGAUGAACCAGAAAGUGAGACUGUGCCAGAAUUGGAAUCCUGGCGUGAAGUCUAGCGACAAGUGAUGAUGAUAGGCCCCUAUUAUUGAACUGCUCUCGAAACCCUCUAACGAGCGUUAUGUUUUCUCGACCGACGAAGCGUUAUCAAUAAGGUUAGCAGUUAGUAUCAACACUCUAGAAUUUGUUGUGUUCACACUUAAUGUAACGUGAGUAGCGCGUGAUAGAAAUAUUUUUUAUGUCCAGUUUCCUUAAAAUGUAAAUAAAUUGUUACCAAAGUUUUUACGAAACACAUGAA